AUGUUCUUGCAAUUGUUCCAUGCAACUUUGAUGAUAUUUGUGGUAUGGAUAUAUUUAAGUUUCAGUGUGGGUUCAGUGCCACUUCCAGAAAGUACCACUACGAUAUCGUUGCCUAUGAAAUUUUUGAAAUCUAGUGCCAUUACAUCGAUGUCGGGUAUUCCGGGUAUUACGGAAACAAAAGAUGCAAGGAACGAGAUUGUUCGUGCAACAAAAAUUGAUAGGUUACCCGCUUCGGUUCCUAUCAAUCUUUUUCGAUUGCCACCCUCUCCAGCAAAUUUGCUAAAACCCGAUGGAUUUCAAUUUUAUACAUACAACGAGAGAGGUGACAUGAUUACAAGGCAAAUGACAAUGCAAGAAAUUCAAGCCUUAAUCGCAAGUGGAGGUCCGGAUCAUUCUAACGUAGAGAUCCAUGAGCCACAAAAAGCUGAGGAUAUUCUUACGGGCGGAAAAAAGGUAAUGGAUGUUGUGGAAAAAGUGCAAAACGUGCUGAAAAGUGCUUUGGGUAAACCAUUGUCGACGCUCACUGGUUCACAUCCGACGAUUCCGGAAAAGGUAAAUGUCGAGUGGAGUAAUAUAUUGCCAGCUAUUUUGGCCGGUGACAAAUAUGGAAAUAAGAUUGAAGAAACUCAUUACGUUGAAACGCAAACUUCGAAAGUGACGUCUAUGUUUACCGCUCAGAACGAUUCAUUUAUCGAUUUAUUAAAAUCUAACAUAAGUGAAACAGUUCCGUUGAAGGAACUUGAAGAUAUUGUUAAAUACACUGAAGAAAACGAAGAAGUAAUCAUGCAUUCUGCAAAAAACGAAACGCAAGAUUCGCUAUCAGCGAUUACACCAGAAACUACGACGGUCUCUUACACAGAAAAAUUAAUGAUACCGGUGCCGGUUAUUAUAACUGAACAAAACAGUGAAUUGAUCACACAAUAUACCACUUCCAGUCCCAUUUUGUACAAGAUGACUGAAGUUACCGUAUCGUUAGAAAAUGCCACAUACGACUAUCAAAAUCACGAUAAUAACAAUUUGACAUUUAUAAAUGCAGUUACAAAUCCAACAACCAAAAGUAAUUACGAUAAUACGAGUUUUAUAAACGAACCUUUAGAUGUAAAAGAUAAUUGUUCAAGUGUCGAGGAAGUUACCGACAGUAUCGAUUCAUUGAAAAUGCAGACGAAGGUAAAACCAACAACCGAUACUCUUACAGACAAUGCUAAAAUUCCGUCAAACAUGCAAACAUCAUCUAUGUUGGAUCUGAACGAAGUUGAAACGUUAGUCGCUAAUGAACCAUUCACCAUGUUGCCGUUACAGUCUUCCGUAUCCUUCCCUACUGUGAGUAUAAAUAAAUAUGGGACAACCAUACUCACAGAAUCAUCGACGAUUGUACACGAUGCAGUAACCAAGCUAAGUAAUAUCGUGCCAACGCAACCUUUAAAACCAUCGUCUAUGGAGUUAGUAAUAAACUCUUUAUCAAAUGUGAUUAGCCAAGUUUCCGAACAAGUUCCACCUGCCUUGCCGAUCUCUUCUGUAUUUGAAUCGAUUCCUAGUAAAAACGAUGCGGAGAUAUAUAACGGUUCGAAAAUUACAAUAUCAACGAUUCCUACAACAACGCAUCCUUCGAUAACUAGGGAAGACUGGCUAGGAAAUACAAAUGAUACAUUUGCAGAGCGUAUUCAAGUAUCACCGACUGAAACGACGGUAAAGUUCAAAGUGGAUCAAGAGAAAAUUUCUUCCAUUACAUCGCCCGUCCCCGUUAUAACCACGAAUAUGGCAGAUAUGGAGAAAAUGACCAACUAUUCUGAUAUUUCAAUCAAAUAUGACACUACGCAUACCGUAUCGAACGGUCAGUUGGAUUUAAAUGUAACCAAAGCAACAACAAAAAUUAACGAGACAGUUAACGAUUUCAAUCCUUUGCAACCGAUAGCGAUUAUCCACGGUAUACUUCAUACUGCUUCAACCGAAACAAAUACAAUUGCCACGGAAACGCUCACAUUACCAAACGAUUUGUCGGAAAAUGUAUUACCUAACACUUUAGCAAGUUCACUUAUCGCAGGUUUUGAAUUAUCCAGUCCGAACAAAAUACAGAAUGUAUUUAAUAACGCAACAACAUCGUUUCCCUAUAGGGUUAAUUUAACAGAUAUUACGACAAAUUCGAAAUUAAAUCUUUCUAAUAUAGUUGUAGGUAAUAUCAGUAACAGAGAGAAAGAAGAUUUUAUGAACGAAAAUGAAAUUCAACGUACCUCUACAACAAAGGAGGACGUGCUUACUGAAAUUUCUUCUAAAGAUGUAAUAACGUUAAAAACAACGGAUCGGAUGGUGUUGGAAUCUUCUCAAUCGCAAAAUGACCAACUAACAGUCACUUUAGAACCAACGAGCGUAUCAUUCUCCGUUAUCAACGCUACCGUCAAAAAUACCGUUACGAAUGAAAUUGGUGUUUCAUUGGUAAAUAAUACAUAUAUCGAGCAUACUUUUAAUCCUACGUAUGAAAUCGUAAUAUCAAGUAACGAAAGCUCGAAAAACGCGAAUAUAACAAUUCCUACGAUACCAACACUUGAAAAAGAUCCUCAAGUGGUAUUACAGAGCAAUGAUAAGACAUCUACGAUUCAUCUGGACGAUACAACAGAAAUAUCAUUUUCAGAGCUUGAUAAACAAAAUCUAUAUCACACUGUGACAAUCUCUGAUGAAGUAUCGACGAAUACGAGUGAAUCCGUUACCGUUAUUCCCUAUUCAUCCAACGCAGAAGAACAAUCCGCACAGAAGCAGCAUCAGAAUCAUGACAUACCUGUGAAAUUAUCGAAUUCAACGAAUGCAGUUACACCAAGUUUCGCAAAAGAGACGGGGCAACAGCGGAAAAAUGGCACAGAUCAUAUUUCGAGUAUCACCGUGACAUCUUUCAAUGAUGAGAAACCUUUCGUGGCCGUUCCUCAAUGGAACGCAACGAGCAACGUACAAAGGAUAUCGUUGGAAGACGGGAUUAGGCAUUCUUCGAACACAACUACCACUCUAAAUUCCAUCACGAAAGAAUCAAAUGAGGUUAAAGGAAUUAUAAGUGCCACGAUAAAUUCGAUAGAUUGGGACAGAUUGGAGAAUAAAACCAAAAGGCCGAGUGAAUCAUAUGAGAGCAAUGUCGGUGAAAAUAACUCAAUAGGAAUGCAAUUCUUAGGAGUCGUAGAUAAAAUACAUAAUAAAUCGCAAGUAAAUCAGAUAUUCGAGGAUUCAGGAAAUUUAACGUCUCCGAGCAAAAUAAAUAAUACGGGGAUAAACUCACAGCAGAUAUGGCAAAGAAUAUCAUUGCAUCCGAUCACUCCGCUCAAUCCUGUGUCAACAGAAGUAAAUCCUAUUGCAGGCACAAUUGAGCAUUCAGAGAUAUCCAAGCAUCCAGAGGCACCAACAGUGUCGACCAUGCUGGAAACGAAUGCAACGGAAAUGAAAACGCAUUUUCAAUUGCCUCCGACGAACAAAUUAACCGAAGCGGAAUUAACUGUGCCUUUAGAUGGCUCGAAAAGUAUCGGUGGAUUGGACACUAGUACGAGAAAUGCGAGUAUCGACAUUGUCAAUUUUUCGAGAUUUUGUAACGAACUUGCGAUCAAAUUUUGGAUUGCAGCGAAUAACGGAUUGAGCAUCGGAAGAUCAUUUGUACUCUCACCGUUUGGUAUGAUUAGUCUUUUAGCGAUGAUUUUCCUUGGUGCCCGAGGAUCGACGUCCGAUCAAAUGAACGAGGUACUUGGCCUCGACAAUGUCGCCACUUUCAACCCACAUCUCAUUUUUCAAAAUGUAACUGACACGGUCAGCUUAGCGAGGCAUCAAGGCAUCGUUAAUGCAGCAUUCGUUCGUGAAUUAUUUGCGGACAAGGCUAAGGUGAGGAGAUUGUUGCCGUUCUACAAAGAACAAGCGCAACAAUUCUACGAAGGAUUAGUGGCUGAAGUAAAUUUUGCUACUAUCAGUGAUCUCGCACGACGUCGAACCAACCUUUUGAUUAGAAAACAAACCGGAGGUAGAAUAAAAGAUUUCGUAAAAAGCAAUACAGUUCCAUUAAGGUCGCCGCUUGCUGCAAUCUCAGCAAACGUAUUUCAAACAGACUGUAACACAAGUUUGAUCAGUGCAACAGGCCGAGACGGUGAAUUAUACUUUGCUGUUUCAUCUGCUCAUAGAUUGAGGAAGCUGAUUCCCGUUCCAGCCACUGUUUGGCGAUCGAAUGUGCUAGCUGGUUAUGAACCUAGUUUAGAUGCCACUGCAAUUGCUCUUGGAGGAAUCGACAAGCUCGUUUCAACGAUAUUCCUUGUACCCGGACAACAAGGUCAUGCUGCACCUGGCGAUACUCUGGAUCGUCUGGAGCAUAGACUGGUAAAAGGAAAUUUUCAGGAUGGAAGUUGGGAUAAACUUCUCAAGGUUCUCAUACCGAGAACAGGCCUUGAAUUACAAAUACCUAAAUUCAGUCAUAGGUCCAUUAUCAAUGCUACUGCUGCCUUGAAAAGAAUGGGUCUCGAUCAAUUAUUUUCAAGCCAUGCCGAUUUUAAAGGCAUCAACGGAAUUGGAAAUCGUUUAUUUUUGUCGGACGUUUUACAGAUGAAUUUGUUCAGCACGUGUGGAGAUGAAAACAUCGCGAAUGGACGACAUCACGUGGAAAUUUAUCCAGCAAGUCCCACUUUACGAAAUUCCCAUCACGAGGCGUCGAAUGCCGAACAACUAACAUCCAACAAAAUGAUACCAAUAGUGGAUAGCUGGUCGAAAAGUUAUCGUGCAAUUCCAUUUAAGGAGAUGGGAAGAAAUGUUGAAAAAUCAGAGGAUAAAUCUAGAUUGAAGUUAGACCAACCGUUCCUUUAUUUUGUACGGCACAAUCCAACUGGUCUCAUACUUCAUAUAGGCCGUUUCAAUCCUAGGCUACUAUAAAUGCAAAUCUAACGCCAUUCAGUUCGUUCUUUCCUACUUGACAUCGCGUUCUCGUUCAUUUUCUUCUUUUUCUUCUUUUUCUUUUCUUUCUUCUUUUUCCUUCUCCAUGUAUACAUAUAAUUGUAACGAACUUUUUUCCAAUGCUAUCACACAUUUCGUAUUUUUCAUUCUUUAUCUAA